GUAUAGCCGCCACCAAACUUGAUCAUCAUAACACUCUUCCAACAACUUCUCCACCCACAUUCAAAUCUAUCACCAACAAUCAAAAUGGUCAACUUCCACAUCACCGAGCCUCACCCCUCCGCCAAGUCCUACCUGUACUCUGGCCGUGGAGGUGCUGGCAACGUUACCCGUGUAAAGGCCUCCGAGCUCACCGACGGCCGCACAGCAAGCGGCCCAGCAUCCCGUGUCAAGCUCACUCCUCCUCCUUCCUCUGGAUACUUCACCUCCGGCCGUGGUGGCGCCGGCAACAUGCGUGCUCACAAGGAGCGCGCCAUGUUCAGCUUCGACGAGGAACUUGAGCAGCAGGAACGCCUCCGCAGCCAGCAAGCCCCUGUCUACCACAUCGGUCGCGGCGGCGCCGGUAACCUUAUCGACGAGAUGAAGCCCAGGAGCCAGCGCCAGAACUCUGCAUCCUCUAGCAGCUCUGUUGAGAGCGAGAAGGACGGUGUCCGCCGGAGUCUCGAGAGGUGGGGCAGCCGUUUGUCGCGCAAGGUCUCCAACCACUAGACCACCUGCUAUUCAUCUUCUCUUCGCCAUCUCCUAUUACGGCAUGUCGAAUGCGGUCGAGGGCUGGUCCUGAUUCCCUCACAAUAUUCUACGACAUCUCCACCUCCAUCUCCAUUCAACAGCAUCAGCAAGGCGUUUCGGAUCUUGUACCAUUAUCACCAAAAGUUCAUCAUCAUUUCCACAACCAACGAGUAGAGCCGGUCUCAUAACAAGAUUUGAUACCAGGCGAUGCUCGGAAGAGGGCUGCUAUCUGCAUUUUCACGACCAGCGGCGAAGGAUAUACCCAGUGCCGAACCGGACAAAGAGUCCAUUGAAUAGGGUCGUAGACCACACA